AUGAUUCCAAAGUCCUUAGAGUCACUUCUCUAUCUUAAAUCCAUUAAUCUUUCCUACAAUCUUUUGGAUGGAGAAAUUCCAAGUGGUGGUCCUUUUCAAAAUUUUACUGCUCAAUCUUUUAUGAUGAAUAAAGAUCUCUGUGGAAAACCUCACCUAGAAGUAAAACCAUGUAGGAGAGGAAACAAGCACAAAUUAGAUAAAGUGAUGCUGGUUGUAAAAUGCUCAGUGCCUGUCAUGGUUGUCAUUUUGGUUGUUACAGGCAUUGUCUUUCUAAAGCAUAAUAGAGAUAAUGCCAAUUAUUCAACCAAAAGGGAUUUAACAAACCUGGAUGCACCACCAAGGAUAUCCUAUUAUGAGCUUCUGCAAGGAACAAAUGGAUUUGAUGAGAGCAAUCUUCUUGGCUCUGGAAGUUUUGGAUCAGUAUACAAAGCAGUUCUUCCAAAUGAAAAGAUAGUUGCUGUUAAAGUAUUUAACAUAGACAUGGAAGAAGCAUUGAGAUGUUUUGAUAUUGAAUGUGCUGCCAUAUGCAAUCUACGCCACCGUAAUCUCAUUAAGAUUAUUAGUAGUUGCUCAAAUGAUGAUUUCAAGUCUCUAAUCAUGGAAUUCAUGCCAAAUGGAAGCCUUGAUAGAUGGUUGUACUCUCAUAACUAUUGUUUAGAUAUCUUGCAAAGGUUGAAUAUAAUGGUUAAUGUGGCAGCUGCUUUAGAGUAUCUUCAUCAUGGUACUUCUACUCCGAUUGUUCAUUGUGACAUAAAACCAGGCAAUGUUUUGUUGGAUGAAGAUAUGGUGGCUCAUCUCAGUGAUUUUGGUAUAGCUAAACUAUUAGGUGAAAGGCAAUUGGAAACUUAUACAAAAACAUUGGCGACAAUUGGCUAUAUGGCACCAGAGUAUGGAUCAAAAGGCGUGGUUUCUUUCAAAGGAGAUGUGUAUAGUUAUGGUAUCAUGCUAAUGGAGAUGUUUACAAGGAAGAAGCCAACCGAUGAAAUGUUUGUUGAAGGUCUUGAUUUGAAAGAUUGGGUUAGAAAAUCAACGCCACAUUCAAUCAUCAACAUUCUAGAUGUUAAUUUGCUGCAGAAAGGGAAUCCAAAUAUCAGCAACAUAUUACCCCAUAUGUCAUCAAUUUUUGAGCUGGCAUUAAAUUGUUGCAUUGAAUUACCUGAAGCACGAAUCAUGAUGACUGAUGUUAUGGUCUCAUUGAGAAAGAUAAGAGCAAAGGUUCUGGCUCUGUCCAAGUUGCGCUGUGUUGCCUGA